GAUCACAUUAGUAUUCCCGUCCUAUCAAUGUGCGGGGCAGCGCACCACGUCAGGCGGACAGAUUGCCUGCGUCUGCCAGUCCCGCCACGGAUCCAUUUGGGAUCCUCAAACAGAUGAGCCCGUAGAGACGGGGGAUCAAGGCAGCCUAUUAGAGCCGAUUGCCUGCCUCGGGGACUGCCAGCCUUCCAGGCCUGGCGACGGGGGAGGGAGGGGAAAGACGACGGAGCGCCGCUGCGGGAAGACUCUGAGGCGAGAGCUAGACUCAUACCCGCCCCCCCACCAACUCCCACCUUACAGCGCAGGCUUUGAAAGCUGCUCCCCCAUCUGAAUGGAAACUCAGAACCGCCUGGCGGCGCGUUCCUUCUCGCCCAGCGCUGCAAUCCAUGCCGAGGGGAAGGUAGUGCGAGCCCGCGCCAGCGCCCAGCUCCCGGGACAGGGCCGGCAAUGCUGCUGAGCAGAACUUGACCGAGCCCCUUCCUCGCUGCUCAGUGGAAGCGAUGCUGCAGCGCACAGCCAGCGCUUCCCCGGCUCUCCUUCAAGCUGAAGGUUACCCACCCGCGCAGCCAGCCCCAACCCUGUGAGCGCCGCGCCUCGAUUCCCGGCUCCGGCUGCUUGGCGGCGCGCAGGGCAACGACCGGGCCGCCCGCGCCGGGGCGCACUGCACCAGCGGCUUCGGCUUGGUGGAUGUGUAUGCAUGAGUUCUGCACCGAAUGGGCGCAAAAAGCGCCCCAGCCGGUCCACCCGCUCCUCGAUCUUCCAGAUCAGCAAGCCCCCGCUGCAGAGCGGGGAUUGGGAGCGCAGGGGCAGCAACUCCGAGAGCGCCCACAAAACCCAACGAGCCCUGGACGACUGCAAGAUGCUUGUCCAAGAGUUCAACACGCAAGUGGCCCUGUACCGAGAGCUGGUCAUUUCUAUCGGGGACGUCUCCGUCAGUUGCCCCUCACUCCGGGAGGAAAUGCACAAGACAAGAACCAAAGGCUGUGAAAUGGCUCGUCAGGCACACCAAAAACUUGCUGCCAUCUCGGGCCCGGAAGAUGGUGAGAUCCACCCAGAAAUCUGUCGGCUUUAUAUCCAGCUGCAGUGCUGCUUGGAAAUGUAUACAACAGAGAUGCUCAAAUCCAUAUGUCUGCUGGGGUCUCUUCAGUUUCACCGAAAAGGAAAGGAGCCUGGUGGGGGAACCAAGAGUUUGGAUUGCAAAAUUGAGGAGAGUACUGAAACACCUGCUCUAGAGGACUCCUCAUCAUCCCCUGUAGAUAUUCAGCAACAUUCCUGGCAGGUUUCCACAGACAUUGAGAACACUGAAAGAGACAUGCGAGAAAUGAAAAACCUUUUAAGCAAACUCAGGGAAACUAUGCCUUUACCAUUGAAAAAUCAAGAUGACAGCAGCCUUCUAAAUCUAACUCCCUACCCCUUGGUUAGAAGACGGAAGAGAAGGUUCUUUGGGCUGUGUUGUCUGGUCUCAAGCUAGGCAAUUCCUCCUGGAAACCCACCGUUGCGAAGACCUGAAAAUAUCACAGAACCUGAGGACCUCCAGACAGCUGAACCACAAUUAUUGGUUUUUGACUAUGUUUUCUAUGCUUCCUUAUUACUUUUAUUCGCCUCCCCCUACCCUUUUAAAUGAUUUUACAUCUGAAAGCAGCUGCUGUCAAGGGAAAAAAAAAAAAAAAAGAUUCACAAAGCAGGCUGUUUUUAAAAGGAUUUUUAAAGCUGACAUUGUGCAUGUCUGUUCCAAACCAUACCAUGACAGAUGCAAGAAUUAUGGUUUUUAAAUUAUUUAAAAGUUUUUUUAAAUGUAUAAUACAGAGAAAAAUUAUUUCAUGUAUAAUAGUAUAUCUUUAGCUCUUGCUGGUCUCAUGUGAACACUUUAUCAUAUAUGAGAGUCUUUAAACAUAGAAAUCUAUCUAAAACUGCAAAACUGUGUUCAAAAAUCCAAUCUAUCAAUAUUAUUAGAAAUAAUAUUAUAAUCAAACAUACACCACCUCACCUAUUGCUUUGUCUGCACCCAUUUACAUUUAGUCUUCCAUUCUGUCAGAAUCCAAGAGCUUCUACAUAAAGAUAUCUUAAUUUAUAAUGCAACAGAAACCAUAUAUGAAACGUAUUUAAAUUUUGUAAAUACACAAUAAUCCUAAUACCUUCGUACAAUGCAUAUGGGCAACUAAUUUCCUUUUGAUCCAAUGGUGUCUUUUUCAGCUUCUUGGAGAAUGAAGUAAUCCAGUUAGAAAAUGGUGUAGUAACAUAUACAAUUACCCUCAAAUGUAAAAUUGAAUAUUAUCAUAUUUUGUUCUAAUUGAAAUCUGAAGCAUGAUGUCUGCGCAUCAGCAUAGUGUUAAAUCUUAUAGGGCAUGCUGGAAUUAGCUCAGAUCAUAAAAAUAUUUAACAUUUUAUGUUAAUAAAAUCUUUUUAGUUAAGCUAAGCUUGUCUCAUUUUAGAUGACUAUGCAGAUAUGACUUUUCCAAUGUGUACUUGGUGUCUUGUCUUAAGCUUAGAAUCUUGAAAGCAGGACACAUUAAGCAAUACUAUAUUUUAGAAAGGAGGAGGCCACAUGCUUUGUUUUUCUGCUCACAGCUCUGUUAUGAUCUUCCUCACUAAACUUGUAACAUGAUACAAAUUUUGUUGUAUCUUCCCCUGUUCUUCCUUGGCCCGUUACCCAAACAGAAUUUCCCAUGGGUUGAGAGACCAGGCCUUUGGACUUCUUUUCUUGCUUUCCACAAUCUGAGGAAUCCUCAAGUCAGACAAGAGGCACCAGUGUCUAGUCCAAUGAAAGGAUGAGCUAGAUGCUGAUCAGUGGUUUACCCAAGAUGCAUCUUUAAUCCCAACCCUAUACUUUCUCAGUACUUAUGUGCAUAGGCAUUUAUAUGUCCAAUAUUUUGACCCAGCAACUAAAUAUAGUAAAGCUGUUAGCUUUAGUGAAGAUGAAGAUAGGUUAUACAAACUACUGGAAUAAUUCUUGUAUUAGAUUGACCUAUAUGAGAUUGCUGCUGUUUGACUGUUUUGACCUACAAAAAUGGCAGUUUCAUAUGGUUCAACCUAAUAUCUGAUGUUGUGAAGAUUAUACUCGGAAUUACCUAAUAUCUGAUGUUGUGAAGAUUAUACUCGGAAUUACCUAAUAUCUGAUGUUGUGAAGAUUAUACUCGGAAUUAUCUUCUAGCUUUUGUGAUUGAAAGCGAAAGGAUUAGAGGGUUGGAAGAGAUCUCAAAAGGCUAUGCAGGUCUCUAUUGAGAUCAUACCAGCUGGGUUUUGGCCUUAUUCUUGGCACCCAGAGUUGUGUGCUCCAGUGAACUGGUAAUUAACGCACGAUUACAGGUGUGCCUGACUUCGUACAAAGAGGUACCCUUGAAAGUUAUAUGAGAAAACCACAACUUUCUAAGUCAAGUAUUUGGAAGACGGUUGUUGGAAUAUGCUAUUUAGAGACUCUUAGAAUGAAUACCCCCUUGCAAAGCAGGUAACCACUCCCAGAUUUAUCUGGUCUGCAAACCCUGAUUUCAUAAAUCAGGUUUGACAAAAGUUUAAUAUCUUUUUUUGAGUAUGGUUCAUUUCAUCCCGUGUGCUUAAUUCACUUAAGGUCCAUUGUUUUAGAAAUCAUAAAAUAGCCCAAUUGGGCCCGCUCUCGGCUCCCGCCUUUGCCCUCACCCACCUUUCCACUAUACUGAACCCUUAGCCUCAAUCUAGUUCCCAUUAAUUCAUGCGAAGUUAUUAACCAAUAAGCCCAACCUCCUCUAAAUGCUUGAUCUAAAUCACUUCUGCUUGGUUAAUUUGUGCUCACUCUCGCCUUAGUCCGGUAUGAAAGGAACACUUACCUCCUGUGCCAUUGUCCUUUGUACAAACUGAAGACUGUUAAUAAAUUCAGGUCUCGGGGCGCCUGGGUGGCUCAGUUGGUUAAGCGACUGCCUUCGGCUCAGGUCAUGAUCCUGGAGUCCCGGGAUCGAGUCCCGCAUCGGGCUCCCUGCUCGGCGGGGGGUCUGCUUCUUCCUCUGACCCUCCUCCCUCUCGUGCUCUCUGUCUCUCAUUCUCUCUCUCUCAAAUAAAUAAAUAAAAUCUUUUAAAAAAAUAAAUAAAUAAAUUCAGGUCUCACCUCCAGGUCUGGGAGGGCUAUAGUAGCUAUUCAUGGGGAUGGGAAUUUGUCUAAUUCCCCAGCUAGGCUUUCCAUAUCUAAGGUAGAUAAAUUCAGCCACUUUAUCUUUUAUUCAUAGUGCCUGUUUCCCAGACUUUAAUUGGUUUUGUAGUUCCUGUGGACACACUCCAAGAUUUAUAGACCUUCUUUCACUAGCAGGUCCUAAAGUGAAAUUUAGUGCUCCAAGUCGUGAUGACCUACACUGGCUCGUAAUGGCAAUAGAUAGCUCACCAUCUCCCAUUAGAUAUGCCAAUGCAUCUCUUUAGGAGCUGACCCCACUCUCCUCUCACCUACCAAAGGACUUUCUCAGGUGUAGUCCAUGAGAUCGAAGUCUACUGUCUCGGCCUCCUGCUGGUAAUUCGCUUUCAGAUUAGCAAUAACGCUGAGCUGAUCCCCAGCGGUAAGGUGAGAACACUGAACCCAUUCCGCUGCAUGUACUCACAUGCGGAAACUGGAAAAGGAUGUCAACUUUUUCUGGCACACCUUCACCCGUUUUACCACCGUAAUUUUAAUAUCCCGUGUUGAUUCAUCGUUUUCUUUUUUUCAGAUUACAGAGGCAAUAUAUGUUCUUUGUGGGAAAUCGGAAACAUACCACCAAGUAUAAAGAAAAUAAAAAUCAGCUGAAUCCCACCACAGUCAUAUUGUUUAAAACCACAUUUCCAGGCUUUAAGUCAGUCAGUGGCUGGGCCCAAAGGCACUUGUGGAGAAGGUACGUGAGCAAAUGCCCACAGGGUCGAGGUAUCACUUUAAAAUAUCUGUCCGUUGAUGUUUUGCACACCUCUAGGAGCAGAUCAGUUCAAACUUCUGCUUGAGCCAUUGUUCAAGGGUACAAAGAAGACUUUAGAAGUAGCACAGCCCUGAUGCCUCCUCUCAUGAAAGCUCUUAGGGAAAUUCUAAAAUCCUUCCAGAUGAUUUUGUUCCUCGGUGCUCCGCUAACUGUUGGAUACUUACUAUAUGACAAUACUGCCACCUACCGAAUGCUGAGCUUCAGAAUAAGAAGGGAAAACAAAUGCACAGGGUGUAAAAGCUUCUCAUUUAUUUUAGACAGCAAACAGUGGGCCAGAUUAACAAUAUCCCAUAUGGAAUUCAGAUCCUGGAAGUCUCAAAGUGGAAAGGAUUAAGAAUAUCAUCCAGACUCACUUCCCAUGCCACACGCACAUACCUAAGCACUGUCUAUCGUUUCUUUGUGUUCUAGAACGUCAUCAGGUGCAAAAUGCUCAGCUUGCAUAUAACUACAGAUAGGAUGAGAAAAACCAGUGAUGCUAUAGGCCCAUAAUAAAUCAUUAUAAUUAAAUAUAAAGAUCAGAAAUAAACCCAAGAACAUAGAAGCAUUGAGUGCAGUAUAAAGAUAGUAUUUCAAAUCUGUGAAAAAAGGUUGGAUUACUAAAUAACUUGGGAUGACUUGUUGGCCAUUUAUUGGGGGAAAUACUAGACCUAUACCUCAUAACUUCCAUCAAAAGAAAUUCUAGGUGAAGUUAAGAUUUAGAUGUUAAAGCACAUAAGCAUAUAAAAGGACUAGCAGACAAUAUUGACAAAUAUUUACGUGAUUUUACCAUUAAAAAAAAAAAAGCC